ACAGCUGAUCUGCGUGACUUGCACAGUGCCAAGACACAACCAAGACCAACACUCCUUCAUUUCAGGUGUCGUCGAUUCCGGAGCAAACGUGUGAAGGAUAUCUAAGCCCAUGGGACCUGCGAUCACUAUCAGAACCGCGGCUUCCGUUCAGAACAAGCCUGACCAGGCUCCACUGCUGCCAAGCCAUGUCCAUCACACCUACGGACUUAAGUCUCCGCCUGUUCGUCUUCCAGCGAUCCCUGCCCGGAGUUAUGGAUCUGUGUCUGAAGAUGAAAGCGGAGAAACGCAAGAGGCCACCCAUCACACCUCCAGAACUGGAACUGACUCGCGGCUCCCAAGCCUACCUAAACUGAGCCGUGAAUGUCUCAUUUCCGAGACCAAAUGCUACGGGCGGUAUAUACUCGCGUGCCUUAUAGUAUUCGCUCUGGGAGGAGUGCUUCUUGCCUCUUAUCUCUCUGCUAUCCUCUCCAAGGGGCACUGAGGGAUCCAUCGCGUCUGUACGCUGAACGGUCCGCAACACCGUGAAUGCGAAGCACGCGCCCCUGCUAUAGGGGAUGUUCGGUCUAGCCGAAAUAGUAGGAGCAGGAUAAAUGCCGUGCCAAGAGGAACAGCAAUCAGAUCAAGACAAACGCAAAAGCCGCACGGAGACACGAGGUUGCAGGGCGAUUAGAGUUGUGAU